GAAAGCCAAACUCCCAGGCUCACAGUCACAGGCCCACGGCCCGUAAGUCCGUAACAAAUCUCAAUUGCAGGCUCGGUGGUAGGACGCAGAGGAAAAGGAGAGAACGAAUCAAGAAAAAGCCAAGCCAUGGAAACACAGAGACUACAAAGCUAGCGGAGCUACGGCUCUUCUUCCUCCUUCUCUCAAAAGCAAUCUCAUCAUUUCUCGAGAGCUUGAAUCUGCACACGAGUAAUAGCUAGGGUUUCUGAUAAUGGCCGCACGAACGCUCUCCGCAUUACCGAUUUCGACAGCCUCUUCCCAAUUCGAUUGUAGAAAACCUAGCCAGUCUUCUCUGUCUUUCCCUUUGAAUCUCAAACAGAACGUGUUGGUGAAUUCUUUGGUUGGCAAUCCGCUACUAUCGUUUCGUUCCUCGCGUUUGAGGCCUCUCUUUCGGCAGCCUCCAGCCGCCGUUGCGACAGUUUUGUUUAGUCUUCCGACUGCGAAACCAGAGAGAGCUUCCUCUGAGAAGAUUCCCCAAUGGUCAGCAAGGGCGAUUAAGUCUUUUGCAAUGGCAGAAUUGGAAGCCAGGAAGCUUAAGUACCCCAACACUGGGACUGAAGCUCUUCUCAUGGGGAUCUUGGUUGAAGGAACCAGUCAAGCAGCAAAAUUUUUGCGGGCAAACGGAAUUACACUUUUCAAGGUGCGAGAUGAAACUGUAAAUUUACUUGGAAAAUCUGACAUGUACUUCUUCAGUCCUGAGCAUCCUCCACUCACUGAACCAGCUCAACGGGCCCUUGAUUGGGCUGUAGAUGAGAAGCUGAAAUCAGGUGAAAGUGGUGAAAUAACCACAACACAUUUACUCCUUGGCAUAUGGUCUGAAGAAGAAUCAGCAGGUCACAAGAUAAUGGCUUCUCUUGGUUUUGAUGAUGAGAAAGCUAAAGAGCUCGCUAAGUCAAUGGACAAGGAUAUCAUUUUGAACUAUCGGUAGAGAUGCAAGAAGAUUCUAGAGACUUGCCCCAGAGCUUCUUUGCAGGAAUUCUCAAAAAGAGCAGCAGCUGCUUUGUGGUUUGGUUUGGUUUGGUAUGGUAUGGUAUGAAGAAAGUUGUUCUGCACGACUGUAUACGAUUAUGUUUGAUUUGCCAAGGCACUACCAAGUGCCCUUGUAACCAUCAUUGAAUUCUAGAAUUCUUGUCAGAAGGAAUUUUGAUAGAAUUGAAUUGAAUUUCUUUGUUUCUGUCUAA